CAACCGUGUUGAUAUGUAAGUGAACCUGCGGCAGCUGGUUCGAGAUGCCCCACAUUCACCCUAAAAUGCGACGGUUUGGCUUCUCCCUCCUCCGCCACAUCUCCCCCUUCGCUGUCCCCUCAGGCACCCGGACAUGCUGCCUCCACCAAGGGGUCUACACUGGUCCCCACACCUGCAACCAGAGCACCAUGCUGGGUCUCAUCUGCCAGCACAGGAGGGGUGUGAGCACAGCCCUUGGGCAGCACGUACAGGACCUGAGUGGGCCCGAGGAGAGACUGCUGAAUAAACUGUACCAAGGGCUGAUCGGAGGACAGCGGGCGUCUCUGGCCGAGUCCAUCACUUUGGUGGAGACCCAGCAUCCUCGCAAAAAAGAGCUGGCCCAGGUGCUGCUGCAGAGGGUGCUGGCCUACAGGAGGGAGCAGGAGAGUCGUAAUGCAGGGAAGCCAGUGGCAUUCAGAGUAGGUCUGUCCGGUCCUCCAGGAGCAGGGAAGUCGUCCUUCAUCGAGGUGGUGGGGAAGAUGUUGACAGCGCGUGGACAUAAAGUUUCAGUGCUGGCUGUUGACCCGUCCUCCUGCACUACGGGAGGGUCUCUGUUGGGUGAUAAGACUCGUAUGACUGAACUCUCCAGGGACAUGAAUGCCUUUAUCAGGCCAUCUCCGGCCUCAGGAACACUUGGUGGAGUCACCAGAACAACUAAUGAGGCCAUUGUUCUCUGUGAGGGUGCAGGAUACGACAUUGUCCUUGUGGAGACCGUAGGUGUGGGCCAGUCAGAGUUUGCAGUGGCUGACAUGGUUGACAUGUUUGUGCUGCUGAUUCCACCAGCAGGGGGCGAUGAACUUCAGGUGGUACGCGCCUCCUCAUACACCAGUGAGGGCAUCCCAGAGGUCUGGGCCAAGAUGGAGUUGUACCGGGACUCCAUGUUGGCCAGCGGUGAAUUUCAGGGCCGGCGGAGGGCCCAGCAGAAGGUUUGGAUGUGGAGUUUGAUCCAGGAGAACGUCCUCCAUCACUUCCAGAAUCACCCCAGUGUCAGAGAUACCCUACCCCACCUAGAGAAGAGGGUCACCAAAGGAGCCAUCUCCCCAGGCCUGGCCGCUGACCUGCUUCUCAAAGCCUUCUUGUCAUCAUCAUCAUAAUAAUCAGUGGGACUGCAAUUUUAGAGAAGGAUGGAUGCCGGAUGGAUGCCUCAUGGCUGAUCAGGGCCACUCAGUGCCAAGAAAAGCCAGGACAGUGUGAAAAUAUGUGACCUUGAUUCUUUGGUUUGCACAAAAAGAAACAGCCCUUCUGUUUUUAUACUUAAUUUAAAAUUUAAAACAUCUAAGAUAUAAGUCACCUCUCCACAGAAACACACAGUGUCUGCAUGCUUUAAUCCAAAUCAGGAGAGAGCUGAGAGUGCAGACAGUCGACACUGCCCGCCUACUGCUCCAAGACCCAUCCAUAUUUGGGACAGUGGACAAACAUUUCAAUUGUGUUUAACUGUGCUGUGAGAUAUGAAAUGUUACGCUGCCAAAGGCCUGCUUUUUUUUCUAAAGCAGAUACUGGACAUGGACACUACAGACCCUCAGGAACAGUUUAAAUAUACGGAGGACUGUAAAGGCCAUGUUGUUACAUUUGGACAGUCGUUUGCACAAUACUCAUCGCUUUUAUAAAUACAGGUUCACUAAGUGGUGACAUGCCAUAAAUGUUGACAUGACAAAUACUGUGGUGGAAAUAUUAUUUGUGGUGAUGUAUUUUACUGAGACUCUUGCCCACCCUCCUCCUACAGUGACCAAUAAUAGACACUAUGUGUAACCCACAAAGGAAAGUGAAAGGAUCAGACUUAGAGAAAUGGGAUGGGUUAUGAUCUCUCGUGUCUCUUGUUAAUCUGCCAUGGACAUUGUUCUAAUAACAAACACAUUUUUAUUGGAAAAGCAACUGGACACUUUUUGUUUCUGACUUGAAUAUUUUAUUAAACGAAUGAUGUGAAUCUUAA